AUGUCGUCCACCAGCAACGCCUCCAUUGACAAGUUCAACGGAGACAAUUACGCAACGUGGAGCCGGUACAUGCGCGGUGUGUUUUUGACGAAGUCCGUCUGGCACGUUGUCAACCGUGAAGUGACUCCGACUUUCACCGACCCGCGAGCGUCCGAUGACUACGUCAAGGCAAGCAACGUCGCGUUUGGUAUGAUGCUGCUGCACAUGAACGCGGACUACCAUCAUGUGCUGGACAACUGCGAGGAAGCCUGGGUUGCGUGGACAAGUCUGAAGACGCUGUACGGUGGGUCGCAGAAGGCAGGACGCAUCUACCUCAAGCGACAACUUUUCAGUAUCAAGAUGGCUGAAGGCGCGAACGUCAUGCAUCACUGCAACGAGGUCCUCAACAUCUCCGCCAAGCUUAGCGGCAUCGGUGCGAAGAUGGAAGACGAAGACGUUGCAAUUUGUCUGCUACUCAGUCUUCCGAAGAGCUACGAAAAUGUGGUGCUCAACAUGGAAAUGAGAGUGUUGCAUUGUAGAUCGGACCGAGGAAAGCGGAGCGAACGGAGCGGAGAGACCGAAGAGAGUAGAGCAGAAAACACUUGCCCAAUAGUUGGAAGAUUCGAAAGUGAUUGA